AUGGAGGCUGAACGCACGCUCAAUAUGGGAGACGAGGUGGACGAGGAAAUGGCUGUAUCUAUGUUAGAACCGUACAUUGAAUCUCUUCGUCAACAACUGGAUCAACAGGAUCCAGUGUUCCUCAUUGCAAUUAUCGUUGCUUUAGCAGUUAUUAUUAUCACGUGUGUCUUUCUCAAAUACUUUCUCACAAGUAAAACUGUCCAGAGUUCGGUGUUAUUGGUCGGACUGUGCGAUUCAGGGAAAACUCUCCUCUUCAGCCGGCUACUGUCAGGAAAGUUUAAACGAACCCAGACCUCCAUCACUGACAGUAGUGCUCCAUACAAAACCAAAAGUGACAAGAGCAGCACCUGGACCCUCAUAGAUCUUCCGGGACAUGACAGUCUUCGCCCCCAGUACCUCGAAAAGUUCAAGUCUGCAGCCAGAGCCAUUGUCUUUGUAGUUGACAGUGCCAUAUUCCAAAAAGAGGUCCGAGAUGUGGCUGAAUUUCUGUAUGUGCUGUUGACUGACAACAUAAUUUACAGAAACGUUCCAGCCAUUUUUGUAGCAUGCAACAAACAAGACAUCCCCAUGGCAAAAUCUGCCAAGCUGAUUCAACAACAACUGGAAAAGGAAAUGAACACACUGCGGGUGACUCGGUCUGCAGCUCUAAGCUCACAGGAUGGCUCUAUUGGUGGAAGUGUGUACCUGGGAAAGAAGGGGAAGGACUUUGAGUUCAGCCAGCUGCCCAUGAAGGUGGAGUUUGUGGAGUGUAGUGCCCGUGGCAUCAAAGAGGAGGGGGAUGGAGAUAUUGAAAAGCUGGAGAAAAGCCUGGCUAAGUUGUGA